AUGGGUCAAAUACCAGUCCAAAACUUUCAACCUCAAGUUCCAGAUACUACCAAUGGACCUCAUGAACAUACUUACAUCCCUCGAGCUGAUGGUGCUAUCAUAGUCAAUGGAGUUGUCUAUGUUCGAGAAACCAAAACUCCCAUUCCAGUCGCUCCUGUACCUCAGCCUCAACCCGUCAUGCCUCCACCUACCUUCCAACCAUACCCAUACAAUCCUUACCUUCAAUUCGCCGGCCCAGGUCAACAUGUUCCUUUCGGCGCAGGAUAUGUUCCCCAACCGGCCAUGAACACACAUGGAGCUACCAGUAGCGAAAUCCAAUUACAACAAAUGCAGACACCAGAUGCAAAUAAGAAGCAAGAUAUGAAACCAGCUGAUGAUGAUCCAUUUCGCAUGUAUUGGGUUCGGGAAAUUGAUAAUACUUGGACGCAGAGAAAUAGGUUGACGAUUGAUAGUGGUGAUAUUGGUGAUGUUAGGUGGUAUGUCACGGAUGGUGUUUUCUAUGCCGUUAGAUUGGCUUCUUAG